AUGGAUAUUCGAUCGUUUUUAAUUAAAAAAAAAUCUGAUGAAGAUAAUGCAUCUGUUAUGGUUGAGCCACACACAUCGAAAAAUACAAGUGUUUCUGUUCAAGUAAAUUCAAAUCCGGAAUGUUCUACAUCAAUAAAUACGAAUGACAGUAUUGCACAAAAAAGGAAUUUCAAAAUAGAAUGGCUUAAACAAUAUCGAUGGUUAGUUUAUUCUAGACAUUUAAAAGGCGGCUUAUGCAAACAUUGUGUUGUUUUUCGUCCUGUCGUUAAAAGAGGAUUUUUAGGAGCGUUUAUUGUUAGUGAAUUCACCAAGUACAAAGAUUUUCAUUUUCACGCAAAAAAACAUAUGCAAUCUGAAUGGCAUAGAGAUUCGGUUUCUCAAUCAUCCGAUUUUUUAAAAAUUAUGUCCAACAAAGAAAAAAGUGUUAUAGAUCAAUUAAAUACUGCCGAAAAUUUACAAAUUGAACAAAAUAGAAAAAAGCUUGUUCCGAUUUUGUCAUCAAUAAUAUUUUGUGCGACACAUGAUCUAGCAAUUAGAGGCAAAUUGAGCUGUAGUGGACAUUUUCACGAUCUUUUAAAAUUUCGUAUUGAAUCUGGAGAUAGUGUUUUGUCUGAGCAUUUAUCAUCAUGUCAUAGUAAAGCUAAAUAUACCUCCCAUCGCAUUCAAAAUGAAUUAAUUUUAUUAUGUGGAAAUGUAUUAUGUGAUCAAAUUGUUCGAGAAGUAAAUGGUAGCUUAAGUUUUUCACUGUUAGCCGACGAAACUUCCGAUAUUGCUGGCAUUGAACAACUUUCCAUUGGUGUUCGUUAUGUUGAUAGUUCAAAAACUGUAAGAGAAGAGUUCAUAGGAUUUAGUGCACUACAAACAUUAUAUACAGUUGGUAUAGCUACUUCUAUUAUGACUUCUGUUGAAAAAUACGGUUUAGAUAUGAAUAAACUUGUUGGCUUGGGUUUUGACGGGUGUUCAGUUAUGGCUGGAAAGGAAAGUGGAGUUCAGAAAAUAAUUUGUGACAAAUAUUCUAAAGCAACAUUUUUUCACUGUGCUUCGCAUAGACUUAAUCUGGUUGUAAAUGAUUUGAAUACAGUGACAGAAAUACAAAAUACUCUAGGAGUAAUUAAAGAGGUUAUUAGUUUUUUUCGUGAAAGUGUACUUCGUCGAAAAUUAGUUACAACAAAUAUACCACUUUUGUGUGAUACUCAGGAAUCUAAUAUUUGGUAUCAGUAUUGGAUUGAUAAAAAUUUGAUUGACUCCCAGUGUGAUGAAAUGUCGUUUGUUGAUUUAUUUGCUAAUUGCGAAUAUUAUCCUGCAAUUUUUCAAAUACUUAAUACUUUUAUAUCAUUGCCUCCGACAACGUGCACAAUAGAAAGAUCGUUCAGUACAUUAAGAAGAGUAAAAACGUGGCUUCGCUCGACUACAGAAGAAGAUCGUUUAAACGGGUUGUGUAUGAUGAGCCUUCAUCGUGAAAGAGUUAACGCAAACAAGGAUACUUUCAUUCAGGAUGUUAUUAGUAUGUUUGGAAUAAAACGAAGAAAUUUGCAGUUCUUAUUUACUGAUACCGAAUAA